UACCAUUUUUCAUUUCAUUCCGACUUCUUCAAUCCUAAUCUUCUUUGCUUCUUCUCUUUGAAUUUUUUUUUUAAUAUUUCUUUUCUAUUAGCUUAUUAUUAUAAUUCAUAAAAUCCAGGUUAUGGAGGCGGCAACCUUCUCUGCUGCUCGUCCACAGAUGAGAUUUUCUGUUUCCAAUCAUAAAUUGUCAUGGCCUCGGGCCAAGUCUAUGUCUGUUUCUUGCCACUCAAAUGGUGAAUUACCAAAUUUUGAUAAACCACCUUCUCAAGCAUUGGGUGUUUUAAGUUCCUGUUCAGCUGAUAAAAGCAUUGCCAUCAGUGGGGGAUUAUACCUGCUCAGUCCUGCUCAAAAGAGAAAUCCAGCUGGGCAAACAUUUUGUGCAGCCUCAGCAGCAGGAUACACACAUGUUGAAAAUCUCGUUGAAUCUCAUACAGACACCACAGAAGACAGGGUUGGUGUGCUGCUCCUGAAUCUUGGAGGGCCAGAAACACUUCAUGAUGUUCAGCCAUUUUUAUUCAAUUUAUUUGCAGACCCAGAUAUUAUACGACUUCCCAGGCUCUUUCGGUUUCUUCAACGACCUUUAGCUCAAUUAAUUUCUGUGCUCCGUGCUCCUAAAAGUAAAGAAGGGUAUGCUGCCAUAGGAGGUGGCUCACCUUUGCGUAAAAUAACAGAUGAGCAGGCAGAUGCAAUCAAAAUGGCCUUGGAAGCAAAGGGCAUGCCUGUAAAUGUCUAUGUUGGAAUGCGGUAUUGGUACCCAUUCACUGAGGAGGCGAUUCAUCAGAUCAAGAGGGACAGGAUAACAAGGCUUGUUGUGCUGCCACUUUACCCACAAUUCUCCAUCUCCACAACUGGCUCAAGCCUCCGUGUUCUUCAGAAUAUAUUCAGUGAAGAUGCAUAUCUGUCAAGGUUGCCUGUUUCUAUUAUACAGUCCUGGUAUCAAAGAGAAGGUUAUAUUAAGGCAAUGGCCGACUUGAUCAGGAAAGAACUAGAGCAAUUUACUAAGCCUGAGGAGGUCAUGAUAUUCUUCAGUGCUCAUGGAGUGCCUGUGAGUUAUGUGGAGGAUGCAGGAGAUCCAUACAAAGAUCAGAUGGAGGAGUGCAUUUACUUAAUCAUGCAAGAAUUAAAAGCUAGAGGAUUUGACAAUGAUCAUACUCUUGCCUAUCAGAGCCGAGUUGGGCCUGUUAAAUGGCUGAAGCCCUACACUGAUGAAGUUCUGGUUGAGCUUGGCCAGAAAGGUGUGAAAAGUCUCCUAGCUGUCCCUGUAAGCUUUGUGAGUGAGCACAUAGAGACCCUUGAAGAGAUUGACAUGGAAUACAAGCAUUUGGCUCUUGAAUCUGGCAUUGAAAAUUGGGGCCGCGUGCCUGCUCUAGGUUGCACCUCAACCUUCAUUACAGAUCUUGCAGAUGCAGUGAUAGAAGCCCUACCUUCAGCUAAAGCCAUUUAUACCUCCAAGAGCACCUCACAAGAAGCUGAUUAUGAUCCCUUGAGCUAUGCUAUCAAAAUGUUUUUUGGUUCAAUCUUAGCAUUUGUUUUACUUUUGUCCCCAAAAAUGAUCCUCGCAUUCAGGAACCAUGUGUUUUGAAGGUGAUAAGACUACUACAAGAAGUUUCAUACAGGCUGCCUCAGAUAAUUAAGUACAUAAAGAUUGGGCAAGUUACACAUAGUCAUCUAGUAUUCUUCUUAAUGUAGUUGUUUUGUGUUUUUACUUGUUCCCAGAUGCAUGCGAGGCAAGAACUGACAAUCUGAGAUUUAAAUUUUUUACAUCGGGAUGCGGCAGUAAUUAGUGGAAUUCUUUCCAACAUUCUAUUAACUUGUUCUCUCAAAUGCGCAAGUCCUGUUGACCAAA